GUAUCAGCACCAUCUAACAGUAAACUUAGAGGAAAUUGAUGAAAGCCGAAACGAGUCUACUCGCAGUUGUUUAGCCAUGACGUCACUCUCAUAUGAAAGAUUGUGUGUCUGGUGAAUUAUCUCUCCGCAACCUGAUCAAAUCCCGUCAUGUCAUCCACCACCGAAACUGUUGGUGUUCCCCUGAAGAAGGCUUCGGAUAUAGACAUCCUCAAGCCCCUGAAGAAUUUGAUAACUUCGAGAUAUCAGACGGCGGAGCAGGAGAGCUACAUCAGUGCCAUUAAUGAAUUCGCAAAACUAAGGACAUCGGCCGUGUGUAGGACCCUAGAUUUCCACGAGUCUUCGUUGGACACUAUCUACAGAUAUUAUGACCAGAUUGUUGCAUUGGAGUCAAAGAUCCCAGCUGCAGAAAUACAAAUUCCAUUUAAGUGGAAAGAUGCCUUUGAUCGGGGCUCAAUAUUUGGCGGUCGCAUUAGUCUCACGGUGUCAUCUCUUAGCUAUGAGAAAGUCUGCGUACUUUUCAAUAUUGCUGCUCUUCAGAGCCAGGUUGCUGCAGCACAGAGUUCUGACAAUGAUGAAGCCUUGAAGCUGAGCACAAAGCUAUUUCAGAGUGCUGGUGGAAUUUUCAAUCACUUGAAAGGGAUUGUUCAUGGAUCAGUACAACAAGAGCCAACUCCAGAUCUUCAGCCAGAUACUUUGGCUGCUCUAGCAACCCUUUGUCUUGCUCAAGCUCAAGAAGUAGUGACAGUCAAAGCCAUCAAUGAUCAAAUGAAGGACAUGGUUGUUGCUAAGCUCUGUGCACAGUGUGAAGAAAUGUUUGGUGAUGCCUUAAAGCAUCUCCAGAGGGAAAGUUUGAAGCAGCUCUGGGACCGGGAAUGGAUUUCCCGUGUGGCAGGAAAGCAAGCUGGUUACCAUGCUCUUUCAGAAUACUACCAAAGCAAGGUUUGUAAUAGUAAAAAGGCAGUUGGUGAAGAGAUUGCUCGGUUGCGUCAUGCCAUGGAGUUAUUCAAGGCUGCACAGACUCGCUCAGGGGAUUUGGCAUUCUUUGCAGACCAUCAGGGAAGAGCACAACGCGCCCUUGACGAAGCUGUUAAAGACAAUGAUUUUAUUUAUCAUGAGAGAAUUCCUGAUGUUAAAUCUUUGCCAGCUAUUGGUAAAGCUGCUGUUGCAAAAGCGACGCCAGUACCUGAGAGAUUUAGCGUAAGUUUCAUGGAUCUCUUUGAAACCUUGGUCCCUGUCAGUGUACAGCAAGCAUUAGUGUCUUAUGAUGUUCGCAAGCAGGAAAUCGUUACUGCUGAGAUUGGGAAGCUUCGUGAAAGUACACAGUUGCUCAAUUCUAUUCUAGCCUCCCUCAACUUACCAGCUGCAAUCGAGGAUGUGGGGGGAGAAAAGGUUCCGCAGUCUCUCUGCGACAAGUCGACUACUGUUAUGGAGGCAGGAGGUUGUGAUGCACUUAAUAAGAUGAUUACAGAGUUGCCAGAGUUAUUAACAAGAAACAAGGAACUGUUGGAGGAAUGUGAACGACAGCUUACAGAGGAAGCAGAAUCCGAUAACCAAUUAAGAGCACAGUUUAAGGAAAGGUGGACGAGAACACCCUCUGAAAAGCUCACCGCCACUUUUCAGGCUAAUGCACAGAAGUACAGGAAGGUGAUAGAAACUGCCAUGAAUGCAGACAGUACCAUUCGCGAGAAGUAUGAUUCCCACAAGGAAGGGAUGGAGCUUCUCUCGGGUGGUCCCGCUAGUCUUGCAGCUGCUUUACCUUCAGCUGGGUCUAAUAAUAAUGGCAGUAAUCCAGCAAUACAAAAGCUCAAACAACUCAUGGAAGAUGUAGAAACACUGAAGGCUGAGAGAGAUGCUAUCGAGUGUGAAUUGAAGAGCGCAACUGUAGAUAUGAAGGAAGUUUUCCUCUCUGCCUUGGCUCAAGAAGGAACCAUCAGUGAGGCUGCCAUAUCAACAGAAAGUUUGGGACGCGUCUUUGGACCUCUUCAGAAGCAGGUAAAAGAAAGUGUAGAACGUCAAGAAAGUUUGGUUGGUAGCAUUCAGGAAGCUCAUCAAGAAUUCAGCCAAGCCUCAUCUGGUGUUGGUGGGGAGCGAGAAGACAUGCUCAAGAAAUUGGCUUCUGCCUACGAUAAUUUCAAUGAGUUGCGUAGUAACCUCACUGAGGGAGCCAAGUUCUACAAUGAUUUGACGCAAUUGUUAGUUAAUUUCCAGAGUAAAAUAAAUGACUUCUGUUUUGCUCGUCGCACAGAGAAGGAAGAACUGAUGAAAGACUUAACUCAGGGACUAGCCAAUCAAAAUGUAGGUUCGGCACCUAAUCCACCUGCACACCAUCAAGAAUCCGCCCAAACCACACCGAAAAUCCCACCCCAGCGUCCACCUCCACCUGCUGUUAAUCCUUACCAGGGUGCUCCUCAGAUUCCACCACAGUCAGCACCACCAGCAGCGCAGGCUCCUCCGGCAUCAGCGGCUCCAGGAGCACCACCUGUAUAUGGAGCACCUCAACCUGGAGCACUUCCUUAUCCCAUUAACCCAACUUCAAUGCCAACUCCACAGGGAUAUGUUUACCAGAGUUAUCCUGUGUAUACACCUAUGCCACAAGGAUAUAACCCAUACUUCCAGCAACCACAGCAGCCUGGUGCGUAUCCAGGUGGCUAUGCUGCCCCUCCUUAUCCUCAGCAACCAUAUUCUUCGUACCCCUACCCCCCACAGCCCCAAGUUCCUCAGCAGCAACAGUGGCCCCGUCAGUAAAGGUACAGAUUGCUCUUGAAGCAUUAGUUGCAGAAGUACUUUUGUUACAAUUAUUGCUAGUUGUAUAGACCAAGUAGUUGCAUACUUUGUCAUUUAUGCAGAAGUAAUCUUGGAGGAAGAAUGAGGGUGCUGUUUUUUUCUUUUUUUCUUUUUUUUUCUUGCUAAUAUGAUGUAUUGUAGCCCACAUCAUGAUUUUACUUGUUGCUGUUUAUAGUACAUUUUAUUAUUUAGCCAUUUUUAUACAGUUUUGCAUUUCCAGUGUGUUUUGCAAAAUGCCAUAAUGUGUUUGUAUGAGCAUGCUUGUGAUUAUAUGACAUUAGAUCAUAACUAGAUAAUUAUUCUCCUUCUGUAUUCUGAAUGAAAGAUUAUUACUAGAUUUAGGAGGUAGUAUGAAUUUCUUAUGCACUUCAGAGUCUUAUACUUAGAUAUCCUGUAUAAAAGACUGCACAGGUUGCUAAAGGUGUCAAACCAUAACCUUCCUGUAGCUUAGGGUAGCUUUUGGUUCUCAUUUUUAACAAAAUCUGUCCAGGUCUAGGCAAAGAUCAUGAAAUAAUAGUUGAUACAUGGUACAUAUAUCCAAUGGUGUCUGCUUCUAGCUGUUGGCUAUUGGUAAUGAUUGAUUUGUAAUAAUUGGAGAACUUUUUCUCUUGUUUGUACAGUGGUGUUCCAGCUUCAAAGAAUAAUAUGCAUAUGUUGAAUUUUACCGUGGCCUUUUGUGGGUCUUCUUAUUUAAUUUAGAUAUAAAAUUCAUUAUUAAGCCAGUAAAGGGACCUAUGAAGCAAAGUUGGUUUUUGCAGAGAAGCCUUAGUUUUUAAAGGCAUUAAGAAGGGUAUUCUCAAGUAGCUCCUAAAGUUUUGCCUUAUAACAGUUAAAAAGCUUAAUAACUGUGGGAGAUAUGCACAGAUACUGACCAUUGCACUAAAGGCAGUCAUUCACACAUAGGAUUUGGGAUGUAAAUUUACAGAAUUUCUCUCGACUAGAUUCCUUCAAGUUGAAAGUUGAAUGAAUAUGUCAUGAGGUUGAGAUGAGUUUGCUGGAUUUGUCGUGCAUUGAAUACAGAUUUGAGGAAAGAAGUCUCAUUAGUGAAACUAUUCUUUUAUUACCAAGAUAUAUCAUAGCCAAAUAUUAUUUUUUAACAUUAUGUGGAACUGUUGGCUGAGCCAAGUAUGCUAGUAUGUCCUCUGAUCAGUGUUGAGUUGAUAUACUUUGAUUUAUGUGUUGUUUUUUUAAUUUGAGUAAACCAUAGCAGUGUACUGUAGAGAAUGAGUAACUAUAGUAUUGAAGAUAUUGAAACAUUCUUGUUAGGUCUCAAGGGUUGUCAGUGUUCUUUUUUAAAAAUAUAUUACACAAUUUGGAAAGAGGGUGACUUUUAUUGCAUGAAAUAAACUUAAACUUUAGUUAUGGAACUUUUAUUGCUCUAAAAUAUUUUUUUCAAUUAAUAAUCAUUUUGUAAUUGCUAAUUGUUGCAAUAUUUAAAUGACCAUAGUAUUUAAUUACAACUGGAGGUUUGAAUGGGUGUACCAAAAGAAUUUACUUGCAUUUUAGUUUAAUAAUACAAAAACAAAUGUAUAUGAUUGUAAUAUAUAUUACAGGCUGCCUUAUUUUUUGAAAUCUGUGUCUUGUUAAUGUAUAUGCAGUACAGUAUUGGCAAUUUAUUUCCUUGCCCUAGUGAGUUAAGAAACGGAAUUUUUAUUCCCCUUGUGCAAAUUUUUGUAUAAUAUAUACAGAAAGCAACUGUAGUCUUGAUACAGGUAAAUGAUAUAUCAUAUCAGAGAACUUUAUUGAAUUACAGUAUAUUUUCUUUUGUUCAUAAAUGGUAAAGAGUUGAAAUAUUAGGAGUUAGUAACGUGAAAAAUGUAUGAAACUAUGUUAGUGUUAAGAAUGAAAUGUUGAUGAUGAAAAUAUUCAAUGAGGAUCAUGGCACAUUUUUCUUUACACAAAUUUACCAACGUGAUAUAGUAGUGUAAUAAGUGUCUGUGAUGUUUCCUCACAAAAUCCUGUUGUCUGUGACAAAAAAUGAAUUAAUUUUUCAAUAAAUCAUAAAAUACA